UCAAAUAGCAUACAUGACCUUGUUCUAAGAAUAAUAAAUAAAAAAGUUUCAAAAAGAAGCUACAACAAAAAUGACUACUAUUAGCAUCAAUGCUGCAAUGCACAGAGCUUGCAGCUCUCCUCACAUAGCAACCAAAGAACCAUCUCAGCUAGGAACAACGCGGUCUUUAGGAACCAAACAGGCCUCUACAAUAGUAUCUCUGAAUGUUGAAGGGCAAAGCAGUCUAAACAAACCUCAAGAACAAAACCACGACAAUAUUGGAGUCGAGACGGGUGAUGAAACAGAAAUUUCCGGGGUCAAAUUCACUGAUGACCGAUGGAAACAUGGGACUUGGGAUCUGAACUUGUUUGUAAAAUCUGGAAGAAUGGAUUGGGAUGCUUUGAUUGUUGCUGAAGCAAGAAGGCGAAAGUUUCUUGAAUUGUAUCCAGAAGGAGCAACAAAUGAAGAUCCUGUUCUGUUCAGAAGUUCGAUUAUACCUUGGUGGGCUUGGAUUACACAUUCUCACCUUCCCGAGGCUGAGUUACUCAAUGGUCGUGCGGCAAUGAUUGGGUUCUUUAUGGCCUACGUUGUGGAUGGUUUGACUGGGCUCGGCGUAGUGGGGCAAAGUGGUAGCUUCAUAUGCAAGAUUGGUUUGUUCAUGACAGUCCUUGGUGUAGUCUUUUUUAGGCAAACCAAGUCUCUAGAGGAUCUCAAGAAUUUAGCAGAUGAAGCUACAUUUUAUGAUAAACAGUGGCAAGCAUCAUGGAAAAAUGCCUCCGGGAAAAAGCAAAACUAAUGUAUAUACCAUCGCUCAAUAAAACUGCUUAUGUGCAACCCUAAACUUGUAUUGCUUGUAUGCACUCAGUUCGCUAUCUGGACCAUUAUACGAACGUACCAUGAAAACAUUUGUGCUUCUAAAAUCUUGCUUGAUUGGUAGAUGCCAAAUCUUCGGAUAUUGUUAUGAAAUAUGAAUGGGAAUACAUACAUAUAAUGCCUAUCUGGAGUUUUU